GUUAUGAAUCAAAAUCAUCGUAUUUUAUUUGUUUGAAUCCCCAAAAAAAAAAACACUGACGUGUAAAUUUGAGUCUUCCCAAUAUGGUUUACCUUUAGUCAACGCUUUUUUUUUUUUGGCCACAAAGUCCCCAAAUACUCAUUUUACGUUAAACAUUUCACUGGAUGCUCUGUUUUAGACUCUUUUCUUCGUUUUAGACUCUUUUUUUUUAGCAGACCACCAUGCGAUUCGUCGCGCCACCGCUUAGUUCCAUCGAUAUUUCACCGUCUCCUUCACCAUCUUCCGGAGUAUCGGAGGAGAUUCUUUCCCGUUCAUCGGAUCCUCCUUUGGAGUUUAGUCCUCCACUGAUCGCUAUGGUGGUUGUUUUAGCCGCCGCUUUUCUUUUCGUCACCUACUCUCGUCUUAUCUCCCGCCGUUUUAUCUCUCCUCUUUUCCGUCGUUUUCGACGGUGGCGUUGCCGUCGGCGCCGUCUCCUUCACUUAUCUUCAGCUUCCUCUGCUUCCACAUCUUCCUCCGAUCUCCGAUCCUUUUCCCCUUUCCCUUUCGACUCUUUUCACUACUCUUCUUACUCUCCCUACGGAUUAGACGAUUCCGUCAUCAAAACUCUACCCUUAUUCCUCUACUCCGCCGCCGCUUGCACCGGGAAGACCACGGUCGGGAAAUCUUCCACCGCUGACUGCAGAGAUUGCGCUGUUUGUUUGUUGGAAUUCGAAGAAGGUGACUAUGUACGAACACUUCCGUUAUGUUUCCAUGCUUUUCACCUUGAAUGCAUCGAUGAAUGGCUCCGAUCUCACCCUAACUGUCCGCUAUGCCGGACGGCCAUUCUCGGAUCCGCCGGCGCCGGGGUUUUAACGCCUAUGUCUCCGUUCGUUCCGUUGAUGGCUCCUCGAAUUCGCCCGAGCCUCGACGAUGAUGAGCGUAACGCGAUCAUCAUCCGCGGCGAAAUCACACCGUCGCGGAGCAGUUGGAACACAAUCUCUGCUGAUACGGCGGUCACGACGAACGAUCAUGAGAUCACAGUGUCGAUGGAAGAGCAAUCAUCACCGGCGAUUUCUCGGUUCCGGGAGCUGAAGAGAUCGUACUCGUUCGAAUGCGAGAGAGAAUCGGAAUCAGAGAGAGUAACGAUGGAGCCAGCGACGGUGUCUCCGUGGAGAUACAGGAGAUCUACGUGGAACAAACGUCAAUCACCGUUCGGAAACCUAAUUUCGAAAUCGAGAGUGUUCUCGUUCCGUUACUACAGAAGCACGAAAUCACCGUUCUUCCGACGGAGAUCAUCGGCGGGAGUGUUUUUCCCGAUAUCGGAACGGAUUCCAGCGACGGGAAGCUCAUCGCGGCGGACGAAAUCGAUGACGAGUCCGAUGUUCUUCAGAACAGCACCACACUCAUCGAGCCGGUUAAGAUGCGGAGAUCCAGAGGCACUGUUAUCGCCGGAGAGAUGGAGGAGAAGGGACACGUGUAGGGUAGAGAUGUAAGGUGAAAAUUGGACGGUGGUGAUGAUGAAAAAAAAAUUGAAGUGGAAGGAGUGAGCAUUAAUGGAUUGUGGGGUUUAAGCAUUUAAUGGAAUUAAAAUGGACGAAACAGAGAAAGAUAGAGAGAUUCAGAAAUUGCUCUGCUGCUCACAACAAGACCAGAGACGACACCAAGACGAUGAAGGUUUUUGGAGCAUGUUGCGACGACGUUUUGGCUGAUUCGUGUUUUUUUUUAAUUUUCUUCUGUCUUCUCUUGGAGUUAUCAAAUAGCAUUAACUUCCAAAGCUGCCAAAGUUAUUAUAGAAACGAAGUCAACAAACCCAUUAAAUUUCGUUUCUAUACUAACUUUAUUAUAUAUCGUCGGUGGCUUAUAUUGUUUCUUUGUUACUGAAAUUUUGUGUUCCACUUUACUUUUUUGACUAGCUGUUGAUUACAUUUUGAUGAAUGACAUUAACACUGAGAAGAUCUGGAUCUAUUGUGUCCAUCUUAUCCAGAGAUUGCUGAAGGUUGAGGAGGUCAUUGUAACAAGGUGUUUGAUCUGAGAUCUGAAUCUAUUUUACCUUUACUCUUAUGGCCGUGGAGGGUUGUUUUGUCCAAUCUGGUCAAUUGAGGGGAACUCUUGUAACAAAAGAAUUAUCUGCUGGGAGAUAAUCUACAAGUCUCGUUUAACU